UGGUCGAGCCUCGACACCGACGCCUCCCACUCCCCCACACACCCAAUCUCGACGGCGCGCGCACGAAGCCCGGAGGGCGAAUUCCAAAUGCGACUCCGUGCGCGCGAGCCGGGAAGGUGACGCUACAGCUAUGGCCGCCUACCAGUCCCUCAAGCUCCACACGACUCCGGACAAGUUCUACGUGGAGGCGUGCGACGAAGGCAGUCAUGAUGUGCUCGCCAUCGACAGGGUGUCCACAGAUAUCAGUCUCACGGUUCAGAAAGACAUUCCUCCGUCGGCGCUCACGCAGCACAUAUGCUGCAUCGUCGGGACCAUUCGCCUCGUGGCAGGCAUGUACUUGAUUGUGGUGACCAAGAAGGAGAAGCAGGGCGAGAUCUCGGGCCAGGCCAUAUGGAAGGCCGUGGAGUUUGACAUCCUCUCCUACCAGAAGACCAUCCUGCACCUGACGGAUCUGCAGGCUCAGGAUAACAAGACGCUGCUGAUGAUGCUGCGCGGCGUCCUGCACACGGAGAGCUUCUUCUUCUCCUGCACAUUCGACCUGACGCACAGCCUGCAGCGCCUGGCCAACACCAGCCCCGACUUCCACGAGAUGUCCCUCUGCGAGCGGGCCGACCAGCGGUUCGUGUGGAAUGGUCACCUGCUGCGGGAGUUGCUCACCGUCCCGGAGCUGCACCGCUUUGCCGUGCCGCUCAUUCACGGCUUCCUGUCCGUCAAGGCGUGCGUCGUCAACGGGAAGGUGUUCGACUGGAUCCUCAUCUCGCGCCGCAGCUGCUACCGCGCCGGCGUUCGCUACUACCUGAGAGGCAUCGACCAAGAGGGGCACGCGGCAAACUUUGUGGAGACGGAGCAGAUUGUGUUCUACGGCGGCAACAAGGCUUCCUUUGUGCAGACGCGCGGAUCUAUGCCUUUCUACUGGUCUCAGCGCCCAGAUCUCAAGUACAAACCUCGACCCCAGAUCAGCACCUCCCUCAACCACCUGGAUGGGUUCCAGAGGCACUUUGACAGCCAGAUGGUGAGCUACGGCAAACAGAUCGUGGUUAACCUGGUGGACCACAAGGGCUCGGAGAAGAGGCUGGAGGAGGCAUUUGCGGCGCUGACCAAGCGUCUGGGCAGCGAUUGGAUCCAGUAUGAGGCGUUUGACUUCCACAAGGAGUGCAGCCGCAUGCGCUGGGAGCGCCUCCACAUCCUCAUCGACCGCUUGGCGGAGAGACAGGACCACUUGGGGUACUUCCUGGUGGACAACGAGGGCAAGGUGGCGCAGCAGCAGGAGGGAGUGUUCCGCACCAACUGCAUCGACUGCCUUGACCGCACGAACGUGGUGCAGAGCAUGCUGGCACGGCGCUCGCUCCAGUCGCAGCUGCAGCGCGUGGGGAUCCUGCACGCCGGCCAGAGGGUGGAGGAGCAUGCCGAGUUUGAGAAGAUUUACAGAAACGUCUGGGCCGACAAUGCGGAUGCUUGCGCCAAGCAGUACGCUGGAACGGGCGCGCUCAAGACCGACUUUACGCGCACGGGCAAGCGCACCAAGCGCGGUCUGCUCAUGGACGGUUGGAACUCCAUGAUCCGCUACUACAAGAACAACUUCUCCGACGGGUUCCGGCAGGAUUCCAUUGACCUCUUCCUGGGCAACUACGUGGUGGAGGAGGCAGAGAGGGCCACGCCGCUGCUGCACGAACACAAGGACUGGAAGUUCAUGGCCCUGCCCAUUGUCAUGGUGGUCGCCUUCUCCAUGUGCAUCAUCUGCCUGCUGACCACCGGCGACACGUUCACGGAGACGCUGGCCUACCUGGCGUUCUGGGCGAGCGCCGGUGCCGUCACGGGUGCCGUCAUCCUCUACAACGGGCGCGAGUUUGUCGACGCGCCGCACCUGGCGCACAAGGAGAAGACGGACUGAACGUGCGCGUGCGGGAAGGGGCUCACGGCCGGGCCCGCGCCUCCCGAGCACUCGCCACCUCCCUUCUGGAAGCUCUACUGAUCCAAUUGGGGUGGGGGGGGGGGUAAUCGCCCACCGCCAUCCGCAAUGGGGACCGCCCGCCCGCCCGCCAGCCCGCUCGUUCCGCUCGUGAGAAGCUGGGUUCGUUCCCCCUUCUCGACCGAUCUUCGGCCAUUCCGUGACCGAUGUGGGACCGUUUCGGGACCGUUCCGGGAUCCAUUCUUUGAUCAUUCCGGGACCGUUCUGUGACCGUUCCGGAAUCGUUCCGUGAUAGUUUUGUGACCAUUCCGGGCCGUUCUGGAAUCGUUCCGUGACCAUUCUGGGACCGUUCCCGCGAUCAUUCCUGAACUGUUUCCGCGAUCAUUCCUGAACUGUUCCCGAACCGUUCCGUGACCAUUCCGGGGCCGUUCCGCGACUGUUCCGUGACCGACCUGGAACUGGCGCGCCGUGAGGGGGGGGUGGGCGGCGGGAAGACAGGUGGCGCUAUUUCCCACACGCAGCGACGGGGAUGCCGGGCGGCCCGGCCUUUGAUCGGGGAGCGAGAGGGCGGCACCGUUCCCGUGUACCCGCCGUCAAAAUUACUCCGCGGGCCGGUUUCUAGAAGUGGUCACGGGCUUUGCCGUGCAGCGGCGAGCUCAGCGGCUUGCUUGACGGAGCGAGGUUGUGGUGGUUGUGGUUGAUCUCGGUGCCAGCGACUAUUCGACUCUUGUUUUGCGACCCCACCCCCUCCGCGGAGUAAUUUGGAACGCGGCGUAACAUGGCCCUUGUGCUUCUGGAAAUAUUUGGUUAAUUCGUUCGGUUGAACGUCGGCCGGUGCCGGCACUUUGCCACGGUGCCAGCGCCGACGUCAACGCGGGUGGUGGUGGUGGUGGUGGUGGUGGGUGAGGGUGCAUGCUGGCGGGUGCUGGGUGAGGAGGCGGACGAGGCAUUUUGGAGCAAGACCUUGGGGCUGCUUGAUUUUUUUUCUUUCACUUAUUUUCCCCUUUUAUCUCUUGGAGGUGUCGGCUGUCGGGAGAGACCCCCGCGCCCAUCGGCGGAGGAACUCCGCGACACCUGCGGCCUCUUGACCGGGAGAGAAACGCCGCUCGCAAUCCCCCCGGGGGGGGGGUGGGGAGGUCGUGGUACCGAUUCCACCGCGGGGGGUUUGCGAGCGUGGCAGGGGAUCGAGGGAGCCCGGGGGUGUGCGCCUUCCCGCACGGAGCCUACGCGUCGACUCGUCGCGUCGUGUCGCGUCCGUGUUUGUUCUUCGCAGUGUUCGCUCGGUGUUCGUUUCGCGUGAGAAAAUAUUGGUCCAAAUCGCACGCGUAUCGCGUGUGUGUGCGUGUGCGUGCGCGGCUGAUUGUGGCGUGUUGCGUGGGGAUCGGUGGCGCAGCAGUUAGCGCCGCUGCGCUACGGACCCGACGGCCCGAGUUCGAUUCCCGCCCACGGCCAACAGCGGUGACGAAAAUCGGAUCCAGUUCCUGGGUCUUCCCUCGUUCGACUCGGCUGUCAAUGGGUCCCUGGUGCGAUGUGCAAACAUCGCCGCUCUCAGGAGACAAAAUCUGCCGGGCCUGGUGCUGGCCACCCACCCCAUCGUGUGCCGUGGCCGGCCUUCAGAGAUGCUCGUUAACAGCACUUGCUCAAACGGUCUGCUAAGGCUAUACGGGGGGGGGGGGGGGGGAAGGGGAUCUUUGUCUUUGUGUGCUGUAAUUGGGAGGCGAAAGGUGCCGUGUCACAGACUGGGCCGCUGGGGUCCGGGAAUUUGGCCGGCAAGCCGGAACCCGGAGCUUGAGAUCUUCACCUCCUGCGCAAAAGCAAAAAAAACUCUUUAAAUCUGAAUGUCACUCAUCGCGCUGCUGCUGCUGCCGCUGUUGCUGCUGCCGCUGCUGCUCUUCGCCGCCGCGGCACCCUGCUGUCCAUUUUAAGUUGUGCCCCGAGAACGACGUGGCUCAAUGCCAGAGGCGGCUUGCCGGGCCAACACGGCCGCCAGCGCUGAGCCCGGUGCAAAGCGUGGGCUGCCAGUUUCGCCGGGCGCCGAGGAGCGUCGUUGCGCACGCGACCCCGGCGAAUGGCGUCGCCUGUGUUCCGCCGGCGGUGGUGUUGUUGUUUCUUUUUUAAAGGAAGACGGCGUCAAAAUAAAAGUGCAACUCGAGCACCA